AUGAGUGAGAAGCAGGCACGGCGUCCUCCUGUGGCGCCCAAGCCCUCCUUCAUCCGACAGCAACACAAUGUCGCGGCUGCUGGAGUCUCUCCACUGCCCUCGCCCGCCCUGCAGGGUGCCUCUUUGGCAUUCCGACCCGCCCCGUUGAAACCUUCUGUACCUACCCCCUCCGCAUCACAUAAUCCGUCUGCGUCUGCAGGAGCCCUGCUCGCGGCUACCGCUGCCUCGACACGGAAGCAGCAGCAGCAACAACAACAACAACAGAAGCCUCAGCAGCCUCAGCAGCAUGCCCCUCUUCCUCUCCCUCUCCCUCAGGAAGCCUCUCUAUCCGCACGUGGCCGAGCCUUGACAACAGAAAGACUGCCUGUCGCAGUCGACGGACCCAGCUCCUUAUCACCUCCCAAGCCUGAGUUCCGCCCACACGCCCCCCGCUCCACAUCCGCUGUUGCUGCCGUUGCUGCUUCUGCCAAGACGAGCCCAGUCCGCAGGCCAGAGCUCCAGAAAGAUCAGGGGUCUUAUCUUGCGCGACGAGAUCCAUCCCAGAGUCGAGGUCGGGGUAUGAGCACGAGCAGCAAUAGCGAGGCUUUGCAGUCCCUUCAACAGAGUGCGGCUGCUUUGGCUGGGGCGAAGGCCUCUAUGACAACAGCGCCGCCCCAGGUCCAAACUGCAACAGGAGACAAGCAGAGGAACAACCGGAGCUAUCUUUCCCAUCUUGCCCUUCCCCCAGCACAAUCGUCUUCGGCUCCAAGCCCUUCUGCUUCUGCUUCUGCCUCAGGCACCACCGCCGCAGUCACAGCAACUAGGAAUGCUGCCAGUUUGGAAGCCAGGAAGCGGGCUCUGUCGACAUCCCAGGAAAGCAGCCCCGCUGCACCAGUGGCUCGAUAUCUUAGCACAUCUCCUCAAACACAUAGCGGGUCCUCUGCACCCCGGGUCAAAGUAACCCCUCCAUUGACUGACUCAGAAAGCGACAACGGACGUUCCGCGCCGGACUGGCCCCAGAAAGCCCUACCAGCACCUGUCCCGGUUCAUCCCCAACGUGCGGCUAUCACAGCACGAGAGGCAGCCCAUGCUACAGGUCACAAUACCCCCAACCAAGACCCCCGGCCCACCAUGACGGCGAGCGCUCUGGCAGACGCUAUGGUUGCCGGCUCCUUAGCAGUUUCACACACCGGCUCUCGGGGCGCAUCUCCCGCGCCAAAGAAAGUGCCACCGCCUGUACCUCGUCGGCGAUCACAAUCGGUUGGCGCUUUCCAAAGCGGAAAGCACUUGAUGCACAUGCCUGGGAUGCGGAGUGACGCUGGGUCGCGUACGCCCAAACUAAAGCCGCUACCAGCGAAGCCUAUGAGGCAAACGUUGCGCUCCUCUCCCGAACGGGAUGAACCGUACGACGAGAAGAAACGUGGCCGGAAACAUUGGCGGCGUCACCCUAAUAUGCACCACGAAGGGGAUCGCAGAAGAUGGCGGGACAAGGUGACCGAGCGUGAAAGGAAACGGUACGAAGGUGUUUGGGCCGCCAACAGGGGUCUAUUGUUGGAUUAUGACCUCGAAAAUGUCGACCACGAGCACAGGAGAGACGGCACGCCUGCGAGUGACCUUGUGGUUAAUGUUGUGGUACGGGAUAUCUGGGAACGGAGUCGACUACCCAAGGACGCGCUGGAAGAAAUCUGGGACCUUGUCGCACAGCCUGAUGUAAAGACCCUCAAUCGGGAGGAGUUCGUGGUCGGGCUCUGGCUUAUCGAUCAAAGACUGAAAGGGAGGAAACUGCCGGUCAAGGUCUCUCAAAGCGUUUGGUCUAGUGUGCGGCACACCCAAGGUGUCAAGAUCUCCAGCAAGCCUCUACAGAAAUGA